AAAUGAUACAUUUUAUACAAAGUUCCCCCUGGGUCAUAAUGAGUAGUAGUAGUAGUGACAAGUCCCAACGGGUGUGAGAGGAGGGGGCUUCUGUGUUAAAAAGGCAUCAGGCGGUUCAAACCUGAUUCAAACCUGAUCAUUUAGUUAUCAAACAAUGUCCUUGUCCAAAGAACCGUCCUUGGUGGCCGAGCGGCCCCGCCAGCAGCCCAAAUGCACCCGGUGCCGCCAUCACGGCAUCCUCGUCCCGCUGAAGGGCCACAUCAGGUACUGUCCCUUCCUCCACUGUGACUGCUGGAAGUGCUUUCUGAUCUCAGAGCGGACGAGGACCACGAGCCUCCAGAGGAGUCUGAAGAAAGACAGAAAUAAAGAGCAGAGAACGACUGUCCACACCGGGGACAGCGGGGACAAACCCCCGGCUGAGGGUACAUGUAGCGUCUUGUUGGCCGCGGAUGGAGACGCUCGUCGUGAUGCGGCCCUGGAGCGACCCGCCACUACCACCACCUGGAGCCCUCACGACCUGCGGAGGAGACCUGCGGCGGGAGGAGACACUGAGGCCGGCCUGGACAGCGGGAAGAUGCUGCCCUUCACUUCCAGAGAGGAAGGACCAGCUAACGUUACACGUUACAACACCCCUCACUCUGGUGAAUUUGUCCAGGCUCCACCUCUGCCCGUUAUUCACUUCCCAUUUAGGAUGUCAGCUCAUCACCCCAGCGGUUACGUGCCGUAUCCGAACCUCCUGCUCAACGUGCCGUGGUUCCCGCCCGUGCCUGUUGGGCUUUACAACGACGUCCUCCGUGGACCCCUGAUGUUCCCCCACUUCCAGCUGGGUGCUGCGCAUCAUCACCCACCUCCACCUGAGCCUGGACCUCCUGCUGAUUGCAGACGGGUCUUCUUCACCCUUCAACCACCCCUGUUCCCACAGUCCUUCCAGGAGGAGCUGAUGUCCAGGCAGCUCCCACAGCCUCCUCGGUUCAAACACACGGAGCGAGACAUUGAAGAGCUGGAUUAAAGCACCAUGAGCCAGAUAACAGAGGAACUAGACUAUAAGAACUGAGCUACUUCCUUUAGGUUUUGUUGCAGUUUGUCGGCAAACCUGCUUAUUUUCUCCUGUUUUGUAUUAAAACACACAUGGAUUGACAACAGUUCUGUUAAAAUUGCUGGCAUUUCUGCACACUGUUGGUUGUAAUAUAUUGAUAUGAUAACGGCGUGGCAUUGUUGAUAAAAGAAGCUAGCUGAAGAUUAGAAUUAUUUUGUAUUUCUAGUUUUAUAAUUUGUAAUAUGCUUGUUUACUAAGAAAAAUAAAAGUUGGUUGGGUUUAUCUUUUAA